AUGGAGAGGAUGCUUAUUUUCUGCAUGCUUUUCUUCUGUUCCAGUAUGGCAAUGACUGCAGCUCCACACAAAAUAGCAACAUACAAACAACUUUUCAAGACAAUUACACGGCUAGAAACCACAGUGAAAGAUAAGGAUGUUGAACUGCUGCAUACACCAGAAAACCCUGUGGACGGAUGCCUGUCCACAGCCGUGAUCUGCUUCCAGAAGGGCGCAUUGAAAUUACAACCAGAAAACAGCCAAGUAAAUUCAACAUUCACCCAAACCAUUAGAGUCUUAGGCAUCCCUUCUGAUCCUAUCAGUCAAGCGCACUGUGAGUCUUCAUGUGAAUCUUACGAGAAAAAAACUCCCAAAGAGUUUUUGAAGAGCUUUGCAAACCUCAUCAAACAGUUAAUCAAGAACUAA